GAAAGCUUCAAAUCCCAGAUCUCUACUUGUUUUCUCUUUGAAACCCAGAUUUCCAUUUUAAAAAAUUUAUAAGAAAAUGGCACCGAAAUCAUUGAUCUAUGCGUUUGUAUCUCGUGGAGAUGUUGUAUUAGCUGAGUAUACUGAAUACAGUGGGAAUUUCAAUUCCAUAGCUCUACAGUGCCUCCAAAAGCUUCCUUCUUCCAACAACAAGUUCACUUACAACUGCGAUGGCCACACCUUCAAUUAUCUUGUUCAUAAUGGCUACAUUUAUUGCGUUGUUGCAGACGAGUCGGCCGGAAGACAAAUACCUGUGGCCUUUUUGGAGCGUAUCAAGGAUGACUUUGUGUCAAAAUAUGAUAAUGGAAAGGCUGUUACAGCUCCUGCCAACAGCCUGAAUAAGGAAUUCGGGCCGAAACUGAAAGAACAUAUGCAAUACUGUAUCGAGCAUCCUGAAGAACUUAGCAAGGUUGCUAAGGUUAAAGCUCAGGUUUCUGAAGUCAAAGGUGUUAUGAUGGAGAACAUUGAAAAGGUGUUAGAUAGAGGAGAAAAGAUAGAGCUGCUAGUGGAUAAGACCGAGAACCUUCAUCAUCAGGCUCAAGACUUUCGAAGUACCGGGACAAAAAUCCGAAGAAAAAUGUGGCUGCAAAACAUGAAGAUCAAGCUGAUUGUUCUAGGAAUACUGAUUGCCUUGAUCCUCAUCAUUGUCCUGUCUAUUUGCCAUGGUUUCAACUGUGGGAAAAAAUGAAUGCUACUCUUGAAAGCCGUGCUAUCUUCUACCUCAGCUUUUGUGAGAAUAUUGUGAGGAAAAUAUCAAAAUACAUAGA